GGGGCUCCAAGGAGGGAUCGGGAGGGAUUUUUUUUUAAUUUUUUUUUUUUUGCUCGGCAUUUUUUUUCCUCCUCUUGGAUCCCGAUGCCAUCCCCCCUCCCCCCAAAGUGAGGUCCUCCCUCCCUCCCUCCCUCCUCCUCCUUCUCCUCGCAGGCCAGCGAAGCAGCCGCUCAAGGGGGAGCUGGCGGGUUAGGUGCCCCCCUCUUCUCCCUGCCCUCCCCCCCCUCCCGGCCCGCUUCUCGCGUCUCCCCCCAGAGAUGAUGCAGCAGGACGAGUCAAACUCGCCAGUCUCCCCCGCCGACGACAGCUUGAGCAACAGCGAAGAGGAGCCGGACCGCCAGCAGCUGCCCAGCGCCAAGAGGGGGGGCCGCAAGCGCCGCUCCAGCCGGCGCAGCGCCGGGGGCGCCGUCGGGGCCGCGGACGAGCCCUGCAGCCCGGCGCAAGGCAAGCGGGGCAAGAAGUGCGGGGCGGGCGCGGGAGGCGGCGGCGGCGGCGGCAGCAGCAGCGGCGGCGGCAGCCCGCAGUCCUACGAGGAGCUGCAGACCCAGCGGGUCAUGGCCAACGUGCGGGAGAGGCAGCGCACGCAGUCCCUGAACGAAGCUUUCGCCGCGCUGCGGAAGAUCAUCCCCACGCUGCCCUCGGACAAGCUGAGCAAGAUCCAGACCCUCAAACUGGCGGCCAGGUACAUCGACUUCCUCUACCAGGUCUUACAGAGCGACGAGCUGGACUCCAAGAUGGCAAGCUGCAGCUAUGUGGCCCACGAGCGGCUCAGCUACGCCUUCUCGGUGUGGAGAAUGGAGGGCGCCUGGUCCAUGUCCGCAUCCCACUAGCAGGCGGCUUUCUCCCCCACGCAUCCCCCCGGCAGGAGCCCUAGAUUACAUUGUUCCCACAGAAGGAGAAAAUGGACAAUCUAGAGACUCUGAAGUUGGAUACCGUGUUGUGUUGUUGUUGUUCUUGUCUUAAAAAAAAAAAAAAAAAUGUGCCAAGAAUUUCUUGGAAAUUAAAAGAGCAGCAUCCAAAGUGAAAGCAGGGCGUGGGGAGCACUUAAGGAAAGUGAAAGAGCCGAGGGCUUGGACAGUGCCUAUCCGGUGGGCGUCGGUACAAUCCACACAUCUCUGCAUUCUGAUAGAAGUCUGAAGCGUUCCAAUUUUUUUUUUUUUUAAUUUUGACGAAGAAUGUUGGAAUCUAUCUUUUCCUUUUUUUAAUUUGCCUGUUUUUAGGUGGCUUUUUUUGUUGUUGUUGUUUUUUAUGUUUUGUUUUUUUUUUGUUGUUGAUUUUUUUUUUUUUUUUUUUUUUGUAUUGUUGCUGUCGUUUUGGCUUUUUUUUUUUUUUUUUUUUUUUUUUUUUUUUUUUUUUUUUAAUGCAUGCAUUUCCAAGAGGUCGUGCCUAUGAGCCACUGAAGAGAGGAAGUACGUUAUUGUGGACUUUACUUCAUUCUUGAGUGAAAGCAAACACCCAACCAAAGUAUUCCUGUAGAGAUGAAAACUUGUUUUGUUUUGUUUUUUUUUUUAGGGGGGAAUAAGCUGGGCUCGAGCUGUUAUAUACCCGGUUCCUAAUUUUUUUUUUAAUUAUUAUUAUUUUUCCUCUGAGAAAAAAAAAUAAACAUUUUAUUUAUUUAUUGAUGACCCAUGUUAAAAUGCAAAUAGAUCCGGUGUCUAAAUGCAUUCCUAUUUUUAUGAUUGUUUUGUAAAUAUCAUUGUAUAUUAUUUUUCUGCAAUAAAGAAAUAUGAUUGAAAUUUUAACAA